GAGCGAGUACAGGAGAGGAGCAGGUACGGACUAAUUACUGCACGUCAAGUUUAGGGACACUCGAUGGGGUGCAAGAUCUUGGGGAUUUGAGCCUCGGACUAAACAUCAUGCAAGCACCAUGAACCAGUCUUUCUGACGCAGCUGCCUCAUUCUUAGUUAUUUAUCUACAUUUAUUUAUCUUGUCCAUCCUCCUCCUUAAAUACCCGCUGCCACUUGCCGUGUAUCCCUUGACCCUCUCGCGUCCCGCUCGAGGGAGCGCGUCGAAAUUACUGGCGUCGAUGAGGUGAUGAUGCUGCGGCGCCAUUGUCUCUCCGGGUUCACACUCGAUCUCAGGCCCGUAUAAAGCAAUCACGAGGACGAUACCACAUUCCACGCACCUUCUAGCAUGCUGACCCACCUCCGCUUCCAUCGGCGUGGUGGCCCGUCCAAUCCUACCUCCCCCCUUGCUGAACAGGCGUCGUCUUCGCCUUGGGAGUCAACGCCGGUUCACGAACAACCGCCGACGAUACAGGAUGCCUCGCCUCGCCCAGAAUCUCGCCCCCGCUCUCCCAAUUCCUCGAACCUGCCGCCGACCCUCCCACCCAUUUCCCGAGUUACAUCUUUCGAGUCGGAGUCGAGCCUUGGCUUUGGCGACGAUUACCAACCCGAUUCCCGUUUCUCGCGCUCUCCUCCAGCUCGCCAGGCUUACAAUGGUGGGAACUCGGGUUUCAUAGGCGGGAUGGCAUUGCAUAAUUAUCAGCGAGGCUCCCAAGGGCCACCGGCGAACGGGACUGCCCGUGGAAACUUGGCUGUACCCGAAAGCCGUCUCUCUCGAGCGAAAUCCCCUCCACCGCCGAUAUAUACUGGGGCCUCAAUACCCAGGCCCCCCGCAGUCGCGGAACGGGAGCCAAAACCUUGGUCCUCGUUUGUCGCCCCAACAGACCGUCAACAGUUCUCGGGAGGAGUAGCGGGAAAGAGGCCAUCCGGCAUGCGAAUAGCGAACGAGUCAAUAACGACACUCGCGGCGCCCACUGCUGCCCCCGAACCCCCGAAGGGUCGGAAGGGCCUCCCUUUUCUGAAGAAUCCCAUGUCUACCUUGUUGAUGAGGCGCAGGACAGCGCAGGAGUCACCCGAUUCCAAGCCGCUUGCGCCAGGUUCUCAAACCGACCCGCCAGCCUAUGACCCCCGCAUAAGGGGCACUAGAUUCCACGACUUCGGCGCACCAAGGCCAAGCAAAGUUAGCCCAGGAAAGGUUAACACAGUUGGUGAGGGCUUCACCGGCGGAUCCACGACUACGCUGGGGUCGUCGAGCGAUUUGGACAAGUCGCAAAUAUUGCCAGGAUCAAUUGACGGAGUGGAAUCAGCUCCAUACACUGGCAGGCACGAUGGUACCAAGAACCCCAGGAUGGAAUCUCUCCGGGACGAGCCUGUAGAUCUCGGGCCCUCACGACUGCCUGACAUGGCUAGCAAUCAACCCGACCCGACUCAGGCAGAUAGCAGGCGCCUUUCCUUGAAUAAACGUCUUCCCCAAGAGCCCCGUCCGCCGGCCAGCACCGCUUCAUCCUUCCAUACCUCAGCUUCCAACACAUCGAGCACGUCGUCUAGACAAGCAUCAAUACCGCCCAAAUCAACACCAUCCGCUCGGACAAUCAACUCACGGAACGUCUCACUCUCCAGGGUCCCGAAUAGGGAAUCGACGAUAUCGGCAAUCCCCAAACAUAUGAAGAGCACUUCGUCCAGAUUCAGUUUCGAUAUGAUUGGGGCUGCCAAGCAGGAAAAGCUGCUCGAGGAGAGACACCGGCAACGGGAGCUGGAGAAGAAGACGACGGACGUUGUUGUGGAUCAUCAGAGGGACUCCAGAUUCGAUGACUUUGACGACGAAGGUUUCGAUUAUGAUGCCAUGAUGGAGGAUGACGGGCUCGAAGAGAGGAUUCCCGGCGUUAAUGCCGAUGCUGAAGACGACGAGCCCUACGAGGAGGAGCAGUAUGGGGAGCAGUACGAGGAGAAGUACGAGGAGCAGCACGAAGAGUGCCAUGAGGAGCGCCACGAGGUAGAGAUGGACCCGGACGAUGACCAGGAGAACUUUGCAGGCUUUGUGUUUGAAAGGUCGAAUCCCCAAUCGUCAUUAACGAGCCCACUCACACCUGGCAUGUUGCCUACACCUAGGGAUGCAAAUGGCAAGGUCAUAGGGUUUGCCAUGACGAAGGACACCACUCCGGACUUGGCACCAUCGGCAUCUCCCCUUUUUCUCUCCAGCCAAGAUCUCCACUCGAAGCUCGACAAGGCUAUUUCGGGGCUUGGCAUCCAGGGGCUCGACAUUGAAGCUCGGGGCGACGAUGGUGCAGCGGCACCCCAACCAGGUCAGCAAUUGCAAACGGUAGACGCGCUCAGGGCUGCUACCAAAUACGAUGACGACCUAUACUUCGAUGAGGGUUUGGCAGGCGAGCUCACGCUUGAGUACGAUGGCACGGCGUUCGACGAAUCCAUAUUUGACAUGAACGACACCGACGCGUAUGGUCGUCCCAUCCCAGGCGCCUUCGCCCAAGGUCAGUCGUUGAGAGCUGCCCAAGCGGAAGCAGCAAAACGCGAAUCAGAAACAACAUCGCGCCUAUCGGCCCAGUCCGCUGUGUCUCCGUCGACGGCUCACACCUCGCUGAGUGUUGGUUUACAACCCCUUGCACCCCCGCCAAGGCUGGAAGAUCAGGAAGAGGAUCCCGGACCAGCGCAACACGGGAUUGAACAACCCAAGCCAGUGAUACCAGUCACAGGACAGGACAUGGCCUACCAGGCUGCUCUUGCUGAAGCAGCACAGAAAGCUGCCGCGUCAGGGAAAUUCCGAAGGGGUUCAUCUCCUACUCCUGCCGCCGACGUGCUGGUAACUUCUCCAACGGACUCGUCCGAAUCGCAUUCACAUCCUGAAAAUCCUCUUGACGGCUAUGAGGACGACGACUUUUCUCCAAAUCUCGACGACUUCGACUUUGACGACGAGGCCAUCAUCGCCGAGGCGAACGCCAGUGCCCUGGCCAAUGAUCUUGAUGGCUUCUAUGGGCAGGAGUUUGGUUUUUAUUUGGCGCCCAUCAAUCAGUCUCAGAACAACCAUGCCCACCUCCCCCCCUCCUCAUCGUCCUCCGCCACGUCGUCUCCGCCAAAGUCUCUAAGCGCUGAGAACCUCUACCAAUACGCCAAUGGAGGCUACUUCGGCCCCGCUGGUAGUCUCAACCGGUCGACCAGCGGGCGGAUCGUGUGUAGAGAGCCGAAUCUGACUCCAAUCACUGAACGCUCCGAAUAUUCCAACCGAAAUUCAGUCAUGAGUCUCGCCCUGCCGAGUGGUGUCGUUGGGAGCGGCGGUGGCAGUGCGGGCCCCAUCCAGAGCCCCGGCCUCGCGCAGCUUGCCAUGAUGGCCGACGAUGACAACUUGAGCCUCUCUGCUCUGCUGCGCCUCCGGUCCAAAGCAUGGGGUGGAUCGCAGGCUAGCCUGGUUAGCUCGCGCGAGGGGAGCCCCAUGUCGGAUCGCGGCGCCGGACUUCCCGGCGAAGGGGGAAGCUCGCCUCUCGGGUCCGGCCUACAGGGCGUAGGAUCGGGGCUGGGACACAUGAGGAAGAACUCGUCUUUCUCCCUCUGGAGCAACUCUGAUACCGCGAGCUGCUCAGGCAGCCCGACGCUAACCAUGUCGAUACCUCCCCCGCUUCCCUCCUCGCCGCCACCACAGAUACCGGCUAUACCCCUCGGCGUGAUUGGGGGCCCAUCACCGUUGUUCUCGCCACCAGGACAGGCACAUCGAGCCCCGUCGCCAACAGCCCCCGGCGGCUCCUGCCCUCCCGUCCUAGAGGCCGAGGAAACGACUUCGGCCGAGUACGUCAGUCCCACGGCAACCGGCCAAACCAGCCUUGCCGGGUCGGGCCUGUGGAUGAAGACCGGCCCGGUCUCAGGCGAGCGCGAGGCCGCGAUGUCCCCCACCUCGCCGGCGGUGACGUCCCCGCAGGUGCAGCAGGUGCGGGCCUCGGGGAUGGGCCACCGCCACAAGGGGUCGGCGGACAGCAUCUCGUACACCAAGGAGGAGGAGAGCGGCAGCGGGGAGACGCGGUGGGUCAUGGAGCGCAGGCGGACCGCCGAGACCGGGGAGGUUGAGAUAUUGGAGCGCGAGGUCGUCGAGGGGGGGCGCAUCUAGGGAAGAGGGCCCGGGCCCCUCCCCCUGGUCCCUGCCUUGGGGUUUGGUUCCUGCUGUGUGGGGAUCAAUUCGAGUAGGGUUGCUUACUUGUAGCGAUCAUGGUUUGUAUAUAUAUAUAUAUAUAUAUGUUUGCAGAGCAGUUAUAGGUGGGGUUCUCUGUCUAGCUCUUGUCUUGGGUUGCACUUGGGGAUAAUGCUGGGCAUAGACGGUGCUAUGGGGUCAAAACUUUCAGGACAGGGAAAAAUAGGUUAUGCAUCAAGGGGCUUGGGAUAUGAGCCCCCUUGUUGGAGGUAAUGCUUCGCCUGUAUGGGCGCUGAGAAGACAUUAAGCGAUGAAUAAAGAUCAACUAACUUCCA